AUGGUGCCAAAGCACAGUGGUCACAACGUACUCCCCAAUACCCCUUUGUUCAGUCGAUUGUUGAGGUACGCCAGUCGGACGCCUGCUCACAUUGCAAUCGAUGAUGUGCGAUCCGAGCAUCAGAGAACUGACCUGGAACUGCUCUCGGACGUGUUGGCGUUGCGGGAGACGACGUUGAACACGCUUGAUGCGGCAUCUCUCGAGACGUUGAACCAAAGAGGCGAGGUUUAUAUCGCAACCGUAGCAGCUGGUGGCUACGAGUACACUGUUGCCAUGCUGGCGGUGCUUGCAAUGGGUGCAGCAGCUGUGCUUACAAUGCCUGCACUGCCGGUAGAGGAGGCAGCAUACUUCGUCGAGAAAGCUCAAGCCGCGCUGGCUCUUGUCAGCUCACUGGAUCUUAGAAAGUGCUGUGAGCUGGAGAAAAGGAUUACAUCGACAAGUAACGAGCAUUUUCGAGGAGUCCCCAUUGGCUCAUGUACAUACGCACCAAGGCUGUUUCCUUCGGCCCUCUUGAUAUCCUCAGAUCGCGCCCUAGAGGAAAACGCACCUGGGGUCGUCAUCUUCACUAGCGGCACCACCGGCCCUCCUAAGGGUGCUAUUAUGCAAAGGUCAUUUGUCUUCGACUGCGCGCUGUCCAUCGCGGACCAUUACAGACUUGCUGAAGAUGAUGUCAAACCACACGUCCUCUCCGUCCAUCAUGCAGCAGGAGUCGGAAUUGAUUUUUUCUCUUUCCUCAUGUCUGGAAGUCGUAUCGAGUUUCGUAGUGGUGGUUUCGACAAGGUCUGUAUGUGGGAGCGGUGGAAGCAUGGCGCAACCAAUCCUAGCCGCCGGCUGACUUUUUCUCGGGGGUUCCAACCAUAUACAUGCGGAUGCGGCGACACUACCAACGUUCCCUGGCCAAGCUAA